UGUUAAUAAAAUCUUCAAACGUAAAUAAACAGUAUAAAUUUGAAGGGUGUGGUUGCUUUGAGGGACAGUUAAGUCUUAAAGAAGACUUGGACCUGUGUGUUAAAUUCAGGUGAGUAUACAUUUUUUGAGUGGGAAGGAUGAACAUUUGAUUAAUAUCAAAAUGACUUUCUCUGGCCUUCGAGUGGAAAUCUAUAGCUAAUCCUGUCAAAACUAUUCUUUGAAAAACAUCCAGUGGCUCCUGACUGUCAAACAUUUCCAGUGAGUCAGAAAGUGACUUGUCACUUCAUUGCAUCAACGAAACAUAACAACUUAUUCACCCCCAUCGCUUCCGCUGUGUUCAGAAGACAGGAAGCAGAUUCACUCUGUUGGGUAAAAAGCAUGUGGCCCAGUAUCACACUGCAGCAACAAGUGGAGGAGUUUUUAUGAAUGUAUCAGGAAGUCAUCAUAUUCAGCGACUGAAACAUGAGCAAACAAAAACUGAGUUUCAAAUGGUUUGGGAGCCUCACCAAUCUCUCCAUCCGCCGCCCGACAGAGAAGGCCAAAAUCAAAGCAGCCCAAGAGCAUGAUGGGAGCCUUGGUAGUGCCAAAUCAGCAGAGGUGGACCAUUUGGUGGAUGACAUGGAGCCCUGCCUCCACAGCCCCAGCUACGCUCGAUCCAACGAAAUGUACACACACGUGGGCACUGUGCCUCGCAGCCAGAAGCAGAAGAGCUGUAAGGGGCUGAAGGAGAAAAAGAAAAAAAACAAAGAGGAGGAGGGGAUGAGUGGAGGGCAGAGUCAAUGGAAAGCGGGGGAACAUGUCAGAGACUCUCCUCUGCUCAGUGCCCUAUCCAGCCGCAGUUUGACCAGUCUGGACCGGCCGCUGCCUGCCACCCCAUCACCCAGCAGGGCUUCACCUUUGACCUCAGCACCUGAAAACUGCUCCAAUGAUCCUUCAGCAGACCCUUUUAAGAGCCAAACAGCAUUGUCAAGGAGAAAGGAUGCUUUAGAAACUGCUAGACUUGUAAGAGAGCCUUCAACAUGGAAACCGAUGGCCCCAAAGGGGUUUCAUCGCAGGACGUGUACGUGCUGA